AUGAUGCACAUGCAGGGGGCGGGGAAGGGCGGGAAGGACGGGAAGGGAGGGGCCUCGUGGCGGCACAGCGUGUAUGGUGCCAUCUCUGGUGCCACUGCCCGAACAUGCGUCGCUCCGUUCGAACGCCUUAAAAUCCUGCUUGAGCUGCAAGGGAUGGAGAAGGCCCGAGGCCAGGCCACCACCACCGCGGGGCGGCCCAAGUACUCGGUGCUGCGCGGGCUCGGGGUGAUCCUGCGCGAGGAGGGCUGGCGCGGCUUCUACCGCGGCCACCUCACCAACCUGCUCCACGUCGCCCCGGCCGCCGCCGCCCGCUUCUACUCCUUCGAAGCCUACCGCAGCUGGCUGGUGCGCGAUGGAAAGCCGUUGCCGCCGCUCAAGCGUAUGCUGUGCGGCGCUCUGGCCGGCAUCACUUCGACCACCCUCACCUACCCGCUCGACCUGGUGCGGACGCGGUUGGCCGCGCAGACGCCCGACACACCGAUGCAGUACCGGUACAAGGGGAUCGGGGACUGUCUGGUCCAGAUCGUGAAGCAGGAGGGACCCCUGGCCUUCUGGAAGGGCCUCUCCGUGUCUCUCGUCGGCAUAGCGCCGUUUGUGGCGAUCAACUUCACGACGUUCGAGACGCUGAGGCAGGAGGUGACGGAGCGACACGGCGGCCAAAUGCCCCUCCUCUGGGGUCCCGUGUGCGGGGCCGCCUCGGGCACCUUUGCCAUGACCUGCACGUAUCCAUUCGAUCUGCUGCGACGGCGGAUGAUGCUGCAGGGCCGGGGAGGCGAGGAGCGCUUCUAUUCGUCGAUCUGGGACGCCUGCCGCAAGAUCCACCAGUUCGAGGGCGUGGGCGGCUUCUUCAAGGGCAUGAUCCCCACCUACCUCAAGGUGGUGCCGUCCGUGGCCAUCAGCUUCGGGACCUACGAGCUGUGCAAACGCGUGGGCGGCGAAUAA